AUGAAAAAAACAAAAGGAGGCCAGGCGAACGUUAAGGAAGAGAGGAAUUGUGUGAGAAAGGAUUGGGGAUUAUCGAGCCAAAACCCCCCAGGAAUUACCCAGUCGAGUCAUGUAACAUACCUCAACAACCAAACCCAGACUAUUGGAAUUCCCAAGGUCCAGAACAAAAGGAGAGGUAGUUGGGUUCGAUAUUGUGGCCUGGGGAAACCGACCGGGGUGGCAAGCAACAGAAAGGAGUACAAGCGACUUCAGGGGGCGGUAGCACGGCGGGGGACAAUCCCAGGCAGGUCGUGGUUCGGAGAGGAGGGGGGGUCGAAUCAAGCGCGACGAGGCAUGGGUGGGGAGAAAAUGGAAGAACCAGAGGAGAGACGAUGGCCGAGGAGAGGCGGGGAGAGGACUAGAAGAAUGGUAGCGGGAGUGGCAGAGACAGGACAGGACAUGGAUAGGGAUGUGGUUGGAGUUGUCGAUGCAGCCGGUCGGUCAGCGGUGGUUGUGGUUGUUGGUUGUGGAUGUGGUUGUCGUUGUGGUUGUGGUUGUGGUUGUGGUUGUCGUCGUCGUCGUUUGUCGGGCGGGAAAGUCGAGUAG